AGCAUAUAUAUCAUAUUACUGAAUUGUGUUACCUGUAUGCCUGUAUCUGCUGCUGUCAAUUUGAAUUCAAAAAUUGUAAGGUAUUAAUUGAAUUGUGAGGUGUAUAUAAGAAGAAGAAUUUAGAUACAAAUAGAGGCAUCCUCAUUCCAUUCAUAAAGUAAACCAGACUCCAAAGUUAGAACUAAAUAAUAAUUUCUAUAUUCAGGUAAUAAAAUUGAAUCUGCUGAAGUUGUAAAAGAUAUAUUCGAUGGAAUUUUGCGAGAAAUAGGUGAGUCGAUUGAGUUAAGCUUCAUUGAUUAUAGAUGACAAAGAAAUCAUAUUAGUGCAGAAUUACACCAAACCCUAAAAUUUCAAAUUAUUUCUAUAUCCAGUUAAUGAAAGUGUUCAUGAGGCUGUAGUGGAGAACAUUUAUGAAAGUGUUUUGCAAGAAACAGGUGAGUGAGUUGAGUCUGGCCUCAUUCGUUAUAGAAAUACUGAACAGAAAUAUUAUCGGGGCUACUAAUACUAUUUAGACCAGAAAUGAACUUUAUAUUCAGAAAAUGAAAAGAAUGAUGUAGAAGAUAUAUUUCAAAGUAUGUUACAAGAAACCGGUGAGUUAGUCAAGUUACGAUUCAUUGAUUGUAUAGCUGACAGAGAUAUACUAUUAGUAUAAAUUUCAUAUGAUUUCCACUUGUAAUGUAAAAGGAAAUGAUGAAUGUAUUGAACAAUUUUAGUGAGAACAUUCUACAAGAAACAGGUGAGUCGGUUGAGUCACAGCACACUAGUUAUAGAUGACAAAGCUGCCUUUAGUAACAAAUCAGAUUCCAAAGUUUAUACGCUUUCUAAUUUCAGGGAAGGAGAAUGACAUAUCAAUGGAAGAUUUCUGUGAAAACUUUCUACAAGAAACAGGGAAGGAGAGUGAUAAAUUAAUGGAGGAUAUUUGUGAAAACAUUCUAGACGAAACAAAAGCAGAAUAUGAUUAUUUUAUACCAUCAUCUUCUGAUUCGUUGCUUGUGAGCCCACAGGAAGAAAAAAAGAGGAAAAGGAAAAAGUUGAGAAAAAAUGCAACUGGGCAAAAAGGUUUGUCCAAAUGACAGGGGAUUAGUUGAAAUAAAAUUUAUUCUCCAAUCUGGAAUACUUAUGUUUUUAAAAUUAUAGGAGAAAAUUAACGAAAGAAAGUCAUUGUUUGUCCAAAUUCUCCAAUUAAUGUUCAACAUGAUAAAGCAUUUUCCAAAUUUCAUAUCUUUUGAUGACAUAUUAUUGCGUUGUAUUUUUUCAUUACAGGAAAGCAGCAGCAGGAAAAUGAAGGAGAUACACUGAAAAGGCCAUGUGUGUAUUGUGAGCAAUUUCAGUCGAAACUCUCAAGACAUAUAGCUAGAAUACACAGUGAGGAGCCCGAAGUCAAAGAAAUACUAGGUCUACCUCCA